AUGAAAAGCGUGCCGGAUCCAGCCGACCUGCCGGCCCUGCUGGCGCACUCUGGCCAGUACCUGGCCGACCUGCAGCGUCAGCUGAAUGAGAGCAGUGACAAGCGUGCUGCGUUGGAGAGGGAGAAGAACAGUUUGCACACCCAGGUGGUGUUGGUCACACGGGAGAAGUCUGCGGCCACCGCCAACCUGAAAGCCGAGAUUGCCAGGCUGAAGGGCCGGCUGGACGAGGCGUGCGCUGCUGGCACGGCACAGGCAGAGCGGCUGCGCGCUGCGGAGCAGCGGGCCGUGGAGCUGCGGGAGGCCGCGGAGGCGGCGGUGGCCAACAGCCGGCGAGAGGUGGAUGGCCUGCAGGCACAAGUGCAGGAGCUGGAGGCGAUCUGCGCGCAGCUGCGCCAGCAGGUGGAGCAGCAGGCAGCGGAGCUGGAGCGGCAGCAGCAGGCGCAGGCGGCAGCCGAGGAGCGGCACCAGCAGGCGGUGGCGCCUCUUGAAGCAGAGCGGGAUGAGGCCAAAGACGCAAGUGCCAGCUGCCCGCCGAAGUACUUCAAGUACAAGCGGUCCGCGCAGGAGCUGGCCCAGGCGUACCGCGACCUCAAGGACAAGGCCAGGCGCGACAGGCGGGAGCAGGCGGAGGAGGUGCGCCGCUUGAAGGCGCAACUCGCCGCAGCCCAGGCGCUGCCGCCGGGCCCUGGCGGGGCGGCCGCCGCACCACCGCAGCCAGCACGCCCGCUCUCUGCCGCAAGCAGCGGCGCGGAGGAGGACAGCGCCAGCUACCAGCUGCACCUGUCGAUCAGCGAAACCGUGCCCCAGCGCCUGCCCAGCGUGAGCACAGGAGAGGUGGUGGUGCAGCUCAGCGCAGCCAUCACGCCUGGCGCCGCGCGGCGGACGGCGGCAGAGCAGGCACAGACGUCACCGUUGCGGCCCUCGCUGCAGCGGCACCACCCCAAUGGCAGCGCCCGGUCCGCGGCAGCUGCCGGGCGUGGCGGCGCAUGGGCUCGCUCGCCGCUUCAGCGCAGGCUGGAGCCGCCUCCUGAGCCUGAAGCGCCGGCGGCAGAGGAGGUGUGGCCUGUGGAGGAGCCACCGCAGGCAGUACCGCCAACCGACGUGGCAGAGCUGCCGGGCAGUGACCAGGAUGAGGAUGUGGAUGUGACGCAGGCGGUGCCGCCACCAGCCGCACAGGUCAUCUGCACGCAGCUGCCCCCGCCGGCACAGCAGCAGGGGCUGUGGCAACCACGGCAGCAGGACCAGGCUGCUGCCAAGCACGCUCGCAGCAUCCUCGCCAAGCGGCAAAUCGAUGUAGAGCCCAUCACCGCAGCUGCUGGCAGCAUGGGCCCGCCGCCGUCGCUGCAGUCCAAGCGCCGAGCAGUGUCACCGUCAGAGGCGCAGCACGAGGCGCUGCUACCGCCACAGCACGAGCUUUCGUCACCGCCGCAGCAGCACCGCCGGGAGCAGCAGCUCGAGCACGAUCAUGAGUGGUCACCGCUGGCCUCGACACCAGAUGAGGCGGCGGCAGCAGAGCUGGCCGCUGCAGCUGUGCCUGUGCAGGCGGUGGACUGGGGAGGACAGGGACAGCGGGUGCAGCAGGCCGUGGCCUGGCCUGAUGCGCGCCCUUCCGGCCAGCAGCAGCCUCAGCAGCUGCGAGGCGGCGGCUGGAAGCAAGCGGUGCGAGACCAUGCACCAGCACAUGCGGCCUUUGAUCUCAGGGCACCGGCAGGCGGCAGCGGCGUUGGCGGCAUGGCGGGACACCAGAGGGCGGUGCCGCCGCUGCGCGAGGCAAACGGCCCGCCGGCGGGCAGCCGAGCUGGCGGCAGCGGCAAUGGCGGCGGCGGCAACAGCGGCACCGGGUACCGCUACCAGGCUGUGGUGCGCAAGAAGGCGGAGCGCGAGAAGCUGCAGGGCGUGGAGUGCCAGCAGUGCAAGCGCUUCUACGCGGCGCUGGAGAGCUGGGGCACCAUUGGGCAGGAGCAACUGCAGCAGGAGGGGUCGCGGCACCGCUACAUAUGGAGGCCGCCCGACACACAGGAGGGGUUCUGGGACAUGGACGUGACACAACGGCCGCCAGCCAAGGGCCGCCAGGACGAGCACGCCGCGCAGCAGCCCGAGCAGCAGCAGGCUGGGCAUCAGGUGUUUUGGCAAGCAGGCGAUGACGAGCAUGCCCAGCAGCAGCCGCGGCAGCCGCAGCACUGGGGCUGA